AUGUUUUGGUUCAAGAUUGCUUCCCUCACGGGGCUUUGUUCCCGCGUCGCUGCGCAGACAAAGUACGAAGUCCAGAAACCUCCACUGGAUACAGACUGGACUUACAAAGUUGGCACUAAUCCAUGGCCGGAACAUCCGCGACCAUUACUCAAGCGCGACGCGUGGAAGAGCCUUAAUGGCAUUUGGACGUGGAAAGGUGAUGGGGACUUGAGCAGUCCUCCCGAAGAAGGGCCUCUAGAUCGUGAGGUUCUUGUUCCAGCUUGUAUCGAAAGCGCUUUGUCCGGACUGCAGAUCCUCGACGAGCGAGAAUUUUGGUAUCAGCGAUCCUUUGAAGUGCCAGACGAUUGGGAGGAUCAGACUGUUCUGCUCCAUUUUGAGGCUGUGGAUUACAACUCGACCGUAUUCGUGAACGGCGAAGAAAAGAUGAACCAUGUUGGUGGAUACGACAGGUUUACUAUUGACGUGACUGACGAUAUCAGGUUUGGCGAGUCAAAUGAACUACUCGUCUUUGUGAGUGAUCCAACAGACGAUGAGAUCAUUCCUAUCGGCAAGCAGACGCUGCGCCCUAGUCACAUCUUCUAUCGCUCAUGUUCUGGUAUCUGGCAACAAGUCUGGCUUGAAGCUGUUCCCAAAGAGAAUUACAUCACUGAGCUCGACAUAGCAGCCGGUUCAGAUGGCAAAGUUGCCGUCACAGUUCACACAUCAGAGCAAUCUGCCAAGCCGGUCUCAGUGACCAUCGCCGGCUCAGACGGCUCAAACAUCGCGUCACACAACGGAACAACAGAUGAGCAAUUCAGCUUCACCGCAAAAUCGCCAAAACUGUGGUGGCCCGAUUCCCCAACACUCUACAACCUCACUGUAACACUCGGUAGCGGAGACAAAGUCCACAGCUACACCGGUUUCCGCACCAUCUCAAAGGGUAAGGUUGAGAAUGUCACACGACCGUUACUCAACGGUGAGUUUGUGUUCCAGUUUGGUACGCUUGAUCAGGGAUACUGGCCAGAUGGCUUGUACACACCGCCGAACCGCGAGGCGAUGGUCUCUGAUCUGAGGUUGUUGAAGAAGUUUGGGUUUAACAUGGUGAGGAAACAUAUCAAAUAUGAGCCUCAUCUCUUCUAUCAAGCCUGUGACGAGCUCGGUCUUCUCGUUAUUCAAGACAUGCCGAGUCUCCCAGCUGGCGACCGGAAACCAAAUGAUGCGCAGCAAGCUGAGUUCAGGCGACAGUUUGAGAUUCUUGUCAAUCAGCACAAGAGCUAUCCUUCGAUCACGACUUGGGUCAUCUACAAUGAAGCAUGGGGUCAGCGAGAUGGUUCUCCGGAAGAGGACUUGACAGGGCUUCUCCGUAAGCUCGAUGACUCUCGGCUCAUCAACUCUGUCAGCGGGUGGGAUGACCAUGGAUAUGGCGAUUUCCAUGACAAUCACAACUAUGCUGCGCCUCAGUGCGGAACACCGUUCUACUCUCAACCCAAGACACCAUAUGACCCCGAGCGCAUCGGCAUCGCUGGUGAAUACGGUGGUAUCGGCCACAACGUCUCCAUCGAGCAUCUUUGGAACGUCAAACAAGCCAUAGACAGCAUCCCAGAAACAUACGAGAUCAACGAAGACCUCGACUCAUACAACUACCGAUCUGGAGUCUUAUUCCGCGACAUCCGCGAGCAAACUCAACGCUUUGCAUGCAGUGGCGCUGUUUAUACUCAGACCAGCGAUGUUGAAGGUGAGGUCAAUGGAUUGAUCACGUAUGACCGUCGCUUUGUAAGGCCGGAUGUUGAGAAGUGGCAGAGUGAGAUUGCGAGCGUGUACAAGGCUGCUGCUGAGAGGGGUGGGAAAGACUGGGAGGAUGAUGGAAAGGGAGAUUCCGGGUCUUUACUAGACCUUUAA